AAAAAACAAAAAAAAUCAUAUAUAUGUUAAUAUUCUGAAACAAACAAACAUCAUCUUCUUCUGUUUGAAAAAAACAUGUCACACACAGUGUUUCAAACAGGCCAAAUUAUGCCAAUGAAUACCCACUUCAUACCCACCUCAAAAACCUUAUCAUCUUCAUCGCCGGCGAACCCUUUGUUGCCGGUUUCCUGUCACCGGGGGGUUUUACGGCGGAUUGGUUUGGUGGCGGUGGUGAGGAACUCUUCAGCUACGGUUGAUGGGGAUGCUGUUGCUGGACUUGAAAGGUGUUUCAGGAUUUCUCCGGCGGAGUGUCCGGCGACGGCGCCGGUAAUGGCCCAUGGUCCGGUGAUGAAAGGUGGGCAGUAUGGGGCGUUUGGUGCUGUCACUUUGGAGAAAUCUAAACUUGAUAUGACCCAGAAACAAACCAAGUCUAGUCCUGAGCUUGCAAUUGGAGGAGGUGGAGGCAAUAUUGGUAAGAGCAUUAAUUUUGGAGGUGGUGAUGGAGGUGAUGAUGACGGUGAUGACGAUGAUUACUUUGAUGAAUUCGACGAUGGCGAUGAGGGGGAUGAUGGUGGACUCUUUAGGAGGCGGAUUAUUCUACCAGAGUUAUUUGAUCGGAAAUUUCUCGAGGCCGUAUUAAAUGAAUGGCAAAAGACAAUGAUGGAUUUGCCAUCUGGACUUCGACAAGCUUAUGAAAUGGGUUUGGUCAGUUCAGCUCAAUUGGUAAAAUAUAUAGCAAUGAAUGCAAGGCCAACAACUGCAAGGUUUAUCUCACGGUCACUCCCUCAAGGGUUGUCUAGGGGAUUCAUUGGCAGGAUGAUAGCAGAUCCUGCAUUCUUAUAUCGGAUCCUCUUAGAGCAGGGAGCUACAAUUGGUUCUGCAGUUUUAUGGGAAGUUAAAAAUCGCAAAGAGAGGAUAAAGGAGGAGUGGGAUCUUGCUCUGAUUAACGUACUUACUGUAACGGCGUGCAAUGCUAUUGCUGUGUGGUCCCUUGCUCCUUGCCGUUCGUAUGGGAACACCUUUCGAUUUGAUUUGCAAAACACAUUGCAAAAACUUCCAAACAAUGCUUUUGAGAGAAGCUACCCAAUGAGGGAGUUUGACAUGCAAAAACGAGUCCAAUCCUUUUUUUAUAAGGCUGCCGAACUGUGUAUGGUUGGUUUAACUGCAGGGGCUGCACAAGGUGCUCUAACUAACCUCGUUGCUCGUAAAAAGGAGGGAAGAUUAUCUGUGACAAUUCCAUCUGUGAGUACUAAUGCUCUUGGGUAUGGCGCAUUUCUUGGUAUAUAUGCCAACUUGCGGUAUCAGCUUCUGUGUGGAUUUGAUAGAGCUAUGGUCACUCAGUUUGAUGUUAUUGGAGUAGGAUUGGCUUUUAGCACUGCCUUGAGAAUCAUGAAUGCACAAUUAGGAGAAACAUCAAGGCUAGCAUGGCUUGGGGUGGAAGUGGAUCCAUUAGCCCACUCCGAUGAGUUGCUGAAACAGGCUUACAGUCGACCAUCUGAAUCUGUCAAUAACAGUUCUCCAAAAUGGUUCAUAUCCAAAAACCCAGUAACUUCAGGGCUUGGGCUUCUUGGGUUUAAACAGGGUGAAAGUCAAACCAACACAGAAGGAGGAGCACCACCACCUCCCAAGGCCCGAAGAAAGAGAAUUGUGAGGAAAAAAGUGAGAACCUAAUAUGCAUGUUAUCGAUAUGACGCGACUCAGUUUUGUACCCUGUUGGGAUACUGGUGUACACGUGGUAGACUAAUGAUUCUGAUGGCGACGAGAAAUCUUAUUUUGACAUGAUGGGAAUCUAUUAAACCUGCUACAAUAUAUUCACAAUGCAUCAGUAGUAACAAUUGCAAUUUUUGUAGCCCCUCAUUAUCGCUUACGUUGAGAUGUUUCAGUUAACUGGUAUUGAAGUGUGAGUUUGACACACAUAAUAAGGAUUGUUGAUCUCUGGUAGGAAAGAAACUCCCUUUUGAAUUUGUUCAAUAUCAGAUAUGUAGAUUCACAUAAGUAUAUUACUGUUGAUUUUAAUAUGGGUAUGUUCUUUUUGAA